AUGAACCUGGUAACGCCGUCGCCGAAAUCGCUGCUGGUACAAUUUUCACUGUUGCUGGUCACGCGUGGAGCUCUAGGUUGGCCGUGGCCGUCGUUGGGUGGACCCUCCAGAGCCGUCGGCAGGGUGUUGAAUUUCUUCCCGGUGCCGGUGACCGAAGAGUGCCUGUCCGACGAUUCGCGGAGAACGGGCCUGUGUUUGAACACGUAUGAGUGCAGAAUACAAAACGGAGAGUCUCACGGUCCUUGCGCUCUGGGUUUCGGAGUGUGUUGUGUCUUCACGUCGUCUUGCAACGCAGAGGUAGCCAACAACGUCACGUACUUCGUCAAUCCGAAUUUCCCGGGAUUGUUGAACGACGUGGGCGAAUGCUCGUUGCGCGUCAAGAAGAUAUCCAAAGACAUAAGCCAGAUACGCUUGGACUUUGUCAACUUCAAUCUAGCGCAGCCCAACCGGAAAACGGGAGUGUGCGAGACGGACACGUUCGUCGUCACCGGUGGAGCGUCCAACGACCUGAGGAUUUGCGGUCUCAACAGCGGUCAACACGUAUACUACGAUAUGGACGACGCGAAAGACUAUAUAACGAUCGACAUCAGACUAACCAAAGGCAACUACAACCGGAUGUGGGAGAUUAAAAUCACCCAGAUCGAGUUCGCUCAGCGUGCGCCGGCCGGUUGCCUUCAAUAUUUUCACGAAGUUGCCGGCACAGUGCAGACGAUGAACUUCGCGGUCAAUGGCCGACAUUUGGCCGACCAAGACUACGUGAUUUGCAUACGACAAGAACACGGUAUGUGUUCGAUCGCGUACGAGCCGUGUGACGAGAACUCAUUUAAAAUAGGACCACCGAUAUUUUCCGACACGGGGAUCGAGGGUUCAGGAGACGAAGGUGAUAGUGAUCCAAGCGGGAACCCGGUGGUGUCCAUGGACGUAUUUCGGGAGUGCAGCGACCGUGUUAUGAUGCCUUGUGAUUCCGAAGAGUUCAUAACGCCUCAGGGAGGACCUGGAAUAUGCGAUCUGCUCCACUGCGGGAACAAUUUCUGCACAGAUAAGGAAACGCCUUGCCGGAUCGAGAGUAGCACUACGCCAUUCGUGAUGCGAGUGCAAUUCGGACCAGGCAACAGGGAAGAAAACCCAGAAGACAACUUGGGAAUGUGCAUCAGAUACGAACAACAGCAGUGUUCGUCGUAAAUUUGUUUUUGUUUAGUUUCGCACUUUGCAGACAACGACACAAGGUGUCGCCGACCGUGUGACAAGACGGUGAUAACGAACACAUUUGGCGACAUCGUGUGCGCCUCACCGAAGUCAACGCCACCAAAGAUUACACUUCAAGCUUAAUACUGAUACUUACUAUUGUAUUUUUACUUUUUAUACUUAAAUAAAUAUUAUACCCUUUUGUAGAUUCUAUAAUAUUAUUAACCACUAUACGACACGAUAUGGAUCUUGAAUAAGUUAAUGUGGUUAUGUGAGUGUGUUUGUUAAGUGAUAAUCAAAAAAAAAAAAAAAAUAAUAAAAAUACACAGCCA